AUGCCGAGUGCAGCAAUAAUUGAUCCAUUCGUUACUGAUUAUCAACGUUCAUCAUUACUUAUUCCAUCAUUUAAUAAUGAAUUUCCAAUACAAUUUCAACAACAAACACAACAACAACAACAAGCAUCCGAUUCACUUGGUAAAAAAAGUCAAAAUAUGACCGAAUGUGUACCGGUGCCAAGUUCGGAACAUGUAGCAGAAAUUGUUGGUCGACAAGGUUGUAAAAUAAAAGCUUUACGUGCUAAAACAAAUACUUAUAUAAAAACACCAGUUCGAGGUGAUGAACCAGUUUUUAUAAUAACUGGUCGAAAAGAAGAUGUUCAUAUUGCUAAAAAAGAAAUUCUAUCAGCUGCUGAACAUUUUUCACAAAUACGUGCUGCUCGUAAACAACAAAAUAGUACGAGUAGUUCAUCGAAUAGUAGUACUAGUAGUGGAAGUAAUACCAAUUUACAUAUUAAUAAUUUAAUAUUACCAAGUCAACAAACAACUAUACAAGUUCGUGUACCAUAUCGUGUUGUUGGAUUAGUUGUUGGACCAAAAGGUGCAACAAUAAAACGUAUACAACAAACAACAAAUACUUAUAUUAUAACACCAGGUCGAGAUAAAGAACCUGUUUUUGAAAUAGCAGGCUUACCAGAAAAUGUUGAAGCGGCACGUAUUGAAAUUGAAAGUCAUAUUGCUGCACGUACAGGACAAUCAUCAUUAUCAGGUACUCAAUCACCUGUUGAAGACAAUGAUGAUACGAAAUGGAUAAAAACAAAAUUUUCUCAUCAUUUAUCACUUCCAUUCAACAAUAAUAAUAAUAAUAAUAAUAAUAAUAAUAACAAUAAUAAUAAUAAUAAUACAAUUGAUGAUAAUAAACAUAUUCCAUUACGCACGGUAUCUCAAUCAUCUUAUUUUCCAUUAGAAGAUAAUUCAUUAAUGAAUCAAUCAUUUGAUUUUGGUUCAUCAUUUGAUUUAAUCAAUGAACAAACAUCAACCGAUAAUAAUAAUAAUACAAUAUUUGAUUCAGUUUGGUCAAAUUUUAGUCUUUUAUCAUUAAAAACAUCAUGA